GAAUGUUGAUUUGUGUGCGUAAUAGCUCGAAAACCUGUGUCGACUGUCGAAAGUUUCAAUAGUUCUACUCUACUUGGGUUGUCAAUAUUUUCGGAUUACAUUGUAUGAUACCUUUUUAUCUAUACGGUGAGAAUUAUCGAUAGACUUACGUGUAUUGAGAAAGCGAAACAAAUAAAUUCAUAUUAUUACUCGCAUAUAAUAUAAUAUAUAUACAACAUAUACGUAUAUAAUAUAACAAUUAAAUUCUGAGUAGGUUUUGCCAUGUCUGUUCUGAAUCAUAUGUGUGAUGAUCAGCCCGAGUGUCCGCUGUGUAUGGAAGCGUUUGAGGUGGAUGACCUGAACUUCUUUCCGUGUACAUGUGGCUACCAGAUAUGUCGUUUUUGCUGGCAUCGUAUUCGUACUGAUGAAAAUGGCUUGUGCCCAGCAUGCCGCAAACCUUAUCCUGAGGACCCAGCUGAUUUCAAGCCGCUCAGUCGAGAAGAAGUAGCUAAAUUAAAGGCAGAGAAACGACAUAAACAUCAACAAAAAAAGAACAAAAUCACUGAAGAUAGAAAAGUGUUAAACAAUAUGCGAGUACUGCAAAAAAACUUAGUGUUUGUAGUUGGUCUGCCUAAUCGGAUAUCAGAAGCUGAAACGCUCAAGAAACAUGAAUAUUUUGGGAAAUUUGGAAAAAUAUUAAAAGUUGUUAUAAACCAAAGUACUUCGUAUAUUGGCACACAGGGUCCAAGUGCAAGUGCUUAUGUAACUUACUCAAGAUGCGAAGAUGCGCUUAGGGCUAUACUUGCUGUCAACAAUGUCAUUAUAGAUAAUAGAGUAUUAAAAGCAUCUUUGGGUACUACAAAAUAUUGUUCAAAUUUUAUGAAAAAUCAACCUUGUCCAAAAACUGAUUGCAUGUAUUUACAUGAAAUGGGAGAACCAGAAGCAAGUUUUACAAAAGAUGAAAUGCAGCAGGGUAAACAUCAAGAAUAUGAAAAGAAAUUAUAUGAGCAAUACAAUGUUGUGUUAAGGAGACCAGAAAAUUCUCCUCCAAUUCAAAUUUCUUCAGGUAAUAAUGGUGUAAUUGAAAGUUUGUCACAAAAUAAUAAGGAAUCUUGGCCUUCUCUCAAUAAUGGUACAUCACGUAAUGAUUCUCCAGUUGAAGAUGAUAGAUUAUAUGAAGUAGAAUUUAAUUUAACAAAUCACAAUUCACACACUGAUAAAACUUUAGAAAAAGUUGAAUCUCAAAAUGUUAAAAUCAAUGGUCAUAAAAACAAAAAGAAAUCUAGUUCACCAGAAAAUAGGAAAGGUAAGGUAAAAACUCCAAGUUCCAUACCUUCAGCUGAAGAAGAACAAUUAAGAACAUUAGAUGGUGAAUGUACUGAAAAUAAAAGAAAUUUGAUUAAAGAAAUUUGGAAUAAUGAGCCAUCUCUUAGCAAUAGCCAAUUAGAAAACGAUACCCAAAGCGAAUCAUUAUUUGAAAAUCCACAAAAGCCAGCUUCAAUAUUUGAACAAGAUAACAAUAAUUCAUUUUUCUCUUCAAAUUUCUCUAAAUUAACAAAUGGUAAAACGAGUCCUGUAUUAAACAGUGAACCCGAUUGGAGUCCUCCGGUCAGUGCAAUUUUACCUCCAAUUCCAGAUGUCCUACCGCAAGUACAAACAUCUGAAGAUUGGCAAGCAGCAUUUGGUUUCUCAAAUAGUAGUAAUAAUUCUCGGAAUAAUUAUCCGUCUUCAGAUAUAAAUAGAACAAUGUUAAAUUUACCAUCAGAUGAUGAUAUAUUUGAUUCAGUUUCGGUUACACAACGUGCACUUUCAGAAUAUAUGGAACAACAAAAUCAUAUUAAUAUGUAUCAAUCUAGACUUCAAAAUUCCGGGUUUCCUUAUUGCACAAAAUUAAUGGAUAAUCUUCAUAUAAAUAAUACAGCUCCCACAAGAACAUGUUUACCGCCUCCUGGAUUUUCAUCAGCUCCAAAUCAAGUCAAUUCCUAUGGUAUCAGUAUUCCUCGUAACACAGGUAACACUAAUAAAUUGCCACAAAAUAAUCCAUUUGCAUUACAACAACAAUUACGUCAAUCAUCUUCUCAUAGUGAGUCUCAACAAAAUUUGGAUUGGUCAUCAAUAGAUCCAGCAAUAGUUACAGCAAACCCACAUUGCAAUUUAUAUACAACACCACCACCACCACCAGGUUUUAAUAUGAGACAAGCGUUUGACUCCAAUCUAUGGUUGUUCAACAACCUUAUAUAAAUGUGCCUUUACCUCCAUGUGAUACUUGCGCAAGAAAGAAAUAGAAAUGGCAGACACUUAUUUCAAUUUUGAUUAUGAAAACUUAACAAAAUCCCGCGCAAUAUAUUAUAUUAAUUUAUUGAAUUGUUUACGAUUCAAGAAAAUAAAAAAUUGCCAAACAUUUAUUAUUAAUACAUUUAUUAUCUUAAUUAUUAUUCUUAUAUAUUAUAUAAAUUGAUUAUCAUAAAAAUAUUUAGAGCUGCUUUCAACAUAAUUUUAUUAUUAUUUCAUUUAGUUAAUAGUUCUUUAAACAAUGCCUAAUCAAUUAUUAACUCUGUCGUCAUUUCUGGAGGUAUACGUACUGUGCAAAUGGAAUAUUAAAAACAAUUUAUUAAAUUCUUA